GGCAUUCGAUAGAGCGCGUUAGGCCGCGCUGCGAAUUCGGAAUUCAAAAAUAUUUUUUCAUUUUUUCAAAACUGUGACUUUCUAUCCACAAACACGUUGCGUUCAAGUGCCAGUGUUUUUAUUGUAGAGACUUUGGCGUGUGACUUAAUAUUCCGAUUUAAAGGACCAGUCGAAGCCAAGAUGACGCUAGAACAGCCAGCCGGUGAGAUGUGGCAGAAGAUCCGCGAAGAGCUGAACGAGAAUGUAGAUACCAGGGAUGCGGACCUGGCGCAUAUCAAGGAAUGGCUGAAGAAGGAACCCCAUCUACCUGACGAGUUCGAUGACCAGCGUAUCAUGACCUUCCUCCGCGGUUGCAAGUUCUCUCUGGAGAAGACCAAACGUAAACUGGACAUGUACUUCACAAUGCGUACCGCGGUACCGGAAUUUUUCACCAACCGUGACGUCGCGCGCCCUGAACUACAAGAAAUCUUGAACAUUGUUCAAAUGCCACCAUUGCCCGGCAUCACUCCUGAAGGUCGAAGAGUUGUCAUUAUGAGAGGUGUAGACAAAGACGCCCAAACUCCCAAUGUGGCUGAUGCCUUCAAACUAGCCCUUAUGCUUGGUGACGUCAGACUGGCGGAGGAGAAAGAAGGAGUCGCAGGAGAUGUAUACAUCCUUGACGCGUCCGUGGCGACACCAACACACUUCGCCAAGUUCACACCAACGCUCGUCAAGAAGUUCCUCGUCUGUGUACAGGAAGCCUACCCAGUAAAGCUGAAAGAAGUCCACGUCAUCAACGUUUCACCUCUUGUAGACAAGAUUGUUAACUUCGUCAAACCAUUCAUCAAGGACAAGAUCAAAGAAAGGAUCUUCUUGCACACUGACGUCAAUGAUCUGUACAAAUACGUUCCUAAGGACAUGCUCCCUGCUGAGUACGGGGGCAAUGCUGGACCCAUGAAUGACCUUCACAAUUCAUGGGUGAAGAAACUAGGUGAAUACACAGACUGGUUCACAGAAAACGAGAACAUCAAAGCCAAUGAGGCACUCAGACCCGGAAAGCCGACCAACUACGACGAACUCUUCGGAAUAGACGGCUCCUUCCGUCAAUUGGUUAUUGACUGAAAACAUUUAUAAACUGUAUAAAACUUUAUAAACCAUCGACAAUCAAUUGACAGUUUUUUUAACAUCGUAAGACAUUUCGGUGUCUAUAGCUAAAUAUGCGGCAUAUGAAUUAAGAAUUCAAAAGUAUCGAAUGAUAUUGUCGAUGGUAAAUCCUAGUUCGUGCAAACAUGCUUCUCUUUAUAAGUCAAUUCAUCCAGUCAAGUUGAUUGUUAAAUUUAACUUGUGUAGGUUAUUCUCUUCUAUCGCUUACUUCAUUACCAAUUGGUACUUUAAUUAUGGUUUACAGACUCAAUCUCAUAUCGCAGUGCUUAAAUUUUGAGCUAACUGUAACGGAAGUUGUAUGUUAUUUUGUUUGUAUACCAUUUCAUCCUAUUAUUUUAAUUGUCAACCAAAGUAUUGCUCAAUUUAUAUACGUAUUAACGUGUUGCAUGGUGUUUUGUUAUAAAUAAAUACUCUCUUUAUAUAA